ACUACAGUGUUUGUAGUGGGCCACUUUUAACUCGGUGUGGAUUUUUAUGAUGUUCAUCUACAAGACUAUGCCAGCGUGGACGUGGAAGUAACGGGAAAAAGGCCAGCAUAUGAAACCGGUUUGAUGGUGCUUGGAAACAUUGGCUACAUCCCACCUAUGACCAGCUCGUUCACAUCCGACAGUGCAUGUCUGUGGGGAAGUUCUAAGAUGGCCCUUCUCAUUGGACAUAGGAUCCACACCCAUGGUCUAGGUUACUGGGUGUCUGGAUACAGAUACCGUGACGGAUACUGGAAACCCAUUGCCGCGGGUCGACCUCAAGACCCCGAGGACGUUAUUCCGACCAAAUCUGUAACUUUAUUACGCGAAGGAGAUGCCCUUACUGCUCGGUGCUACUACCAGAACACGCGACCAUAUCGAGUGAAUUUUGGUCCUAACUAUGGCGACGAAAUGUGCAACCUACAUCUAAUCUACAUGUUUCCCUUUGGCUCCGACCCUGGGCUUCGUUUCCAGACAUGCGCAAAAAACGCCCAGGACUUUCAUCUGUCCGACUAUUUCCAUUUCAUCCCGAACGACAAAGUACCACGCCCGACAACUGACGACGACUCACGAUACUAACUGUCGUUAAUUUCCGUGAUGUACAUUUCUAUUGCGUCAUUGAUUAAAGCUGUCAUCUCGACUUUAUUUUUAAUAUAUACUUUUUGAAAAAUACAUUUUGGAUUAUGGCUGUUCCAAGGAUGUAUAUAAGGUAUAUAUGUGCUAUUUAUUCACAAACAGCCUUCACCUAUACAGGGAUAAGGUGAAACUAACCGCACGUCUAAAUAAUAAUAUGUGUACUCGCUAGACAGAUCCAUGGCAUUUGAUACUUGUUUCAGUCAAUCAGGAUAUUGAACUGUUAUGAGUUUAACUCGCAAGAAAAGGAAAGAAACAUUUGUUUGAUAACACAUCGGCACAUUUUAAACUACGACUGUUAUUUGGUGGCUAACAUAUGUUUACUUUGACAUUUGAGAGAGACAGAGAGAGAUAGAGAGAGAGAGAGAGAGAGAG